GUACAUUAAAAUUUAUUUCUAAACAUGGGACAGUUAACAAAGUACAUAAUGAUGCCAAUUUGUCUAUCCCAAGUGUUUAAAGGGGAAUGGUGAAUAAUAGAGAAAUUAUCUUGCAAUCAUACGUAGAGUUACACCAUUGGGCACACUGCUUUGGAGUCCUCUGUUAGUCGUGGUGGGGUUCAGACAUUAACAACACAAUUUAUAACCCCUUCCUCAACGUCAAUAAGGUAGAAAUCCAUUUAGCAAACGUUACACAGAGGCAUGAAAAAUUAAAGGAGCAUUUUCAGCUACUGUUCUAGGAGGUGAGCUAGCAGCUUCAUGAAUCUUCUAUGGCAACUUCUCCUGUUUUCAAAGCAAUCCAAUAUCUUUCCUUGCUCACAAACAUGUGACCUUCCGGCUUGCACUUUAAUCUGUUUAUUUUGGUAGGCCAUUCAUUUAAGUUGGUGAAUAUCCAAAAAACACGUGUGAAGCAGCCCGGCUCCUUGGUAAGCUUUCAGGAUCGGAUCCAUUGGGCUUUCAACAACUUGAAACUUGGCCUUUAUUUCAUGGGCAAUAUCUGGUUCCCAAGCAACCAGCUCUGUCAACAGAACUGGUUAAUGUGUGUUCAAAAUUCUGGUUGCUUGGGAAUCCUGGGCUACCCUUGUCCCCGACAACAAACAUACGCCAACACAAAACGUCUCGGCGGGUUUUGCUUUUGGCUUGUAGUUUGUGUCCUUUUGCUGUACAUCAGUUGGACUCUCAAUUUUCCCAAGGAGAAAAUGAGCCACCAAGGUGUGGUUGUUUUGAACGUGGGAGGAUUGAAAUUCACUACCUGGCCUUCUACGUUACAGCAGUUUCCCGAGUCUAGAUUGGCAAAGAUGCUUAGUGGCAGCGAUCGAGAAUUGCGGCUGGUGAACGGCGAGUUCUUUGUCGAUCGCGACGGAGUUCUGUUUGGCUAUAUUCUAGAUUUCUUAAGAACUCUCCAGGUUUCUCUGCCCAGUGAUUUCACAGACUAUUGGAGACUGCAGAGAGAAGCUAACUUCUAUGAACUUUACUCUAUGGCUGACCUUCUCAGUCAGGAAAGUUUAUUGAAGCCAAAGGUGGAGAUACUGGAAAUACGGUUCUUGCUCCAAGAGACUCAGGCUUUUUUCCGGGUUUUUGGCUCCUGCAGCUCCACGAUUGAUGCGCUAGCUGGGUGUGUCACCAUCUUUGCAGAACAGCUUGGGGGGCCGACCUGGAAUAACCACAACAUCCCAUCUCAGAAGCCGCUGGUCCCCCUUCCUUUGGAGAGACCUUCCCAUCAUGACUUUAUUUUCCAGUGUGGCACUGACUAUAGCGACCGGCUCGGAGCGAGGUAUGUUUCUAUCAAACCCGAUCACCGGAAACUGAUUAACGGGACCAAUGUUUUCGGCCUGCUGGUGGAUGUCUUACUGAAAGAAGGAUUCCAUUUAGUAAGCACCAGGACGGUCUCGGCUGAAGAGAAAAUUGAAUGCUACUGUUUUGAAAGAACAAGACCGCCGGAUGCCCUUCCCUUCAGCCCAGCUCAGCAGGGCUCGGCUGUAUCCCAAACAAAGACAAUCCGGAUGCACAAACAGAAGUGAAGUCUUCAGUGAGAUUUUAGAUACGAUGCAGAAAUUACAGGUCUCAAAAUUGUAACAGGGAUAUCAAUGUAGCUCAUAACGGUGUGGCAGUUAGAUGUUUGCUGCCGUGCAGCUGUUAUUUGGUUCUUUUUAGUGGA